ACAAGGUUAGUCACCACCACUCGCACGUCACUAUAAUCACUAAUCAUGACAAUUGGAUUUAGGGCGAUUUCCAGGCUAGUCGUGCCCACUUUCGGAAACUUAUUUUGUUUGACUCGAGUGCAACUAAGUACACUCAAAAUGGCAGAAAAUAAUCCCGACUACAAAAGUGCUACUAGUGUUCAUGAGUUUACAGUUAAAAACAUAAAAGGUGAAGAAGUUAAACUUGACGUAUACAAAGGUCAUGUGUGCAUCAUAGUUAACGUCGCUUCACAGUGCGGUUUAACUGCGAAUAAUUACAAACAACUGAAUGAGUUGUAUGAUCAGUAUGCUGAAAGCAAAGGUCUGCGCAUCUUGGCAUUCCCAUGCAAUCAGUUUGCUGGCCAAGAACCAGGCAAUUCAGAAGAUAUAGUUUGUUUUGCAAGUGACCGCAAAGUCAAAUUUGACAUGUUUGAGAAGGUUGAUGUAAAUGGUGAUGGUGCAAACCCAUUGUGGAAGUUUUUGAAGCAUAAGCAAGGAGGUACUUUGGGAAGUUUUAUCAAAUGGAAUUUCACAAAGUUCAUCAUCGACAAGAAUGGGAAUCCAGUUGAACGACAUGGUCCUAAAACUGAUCCAUUGGAUUUGGUGAAAUCACUUGAAAAGUACUGGUGAAGAGUUACUAUGGGUUUUAAAAUCAUCACAAAUAAAUAUAAUUUUUAUGGUGGUCUCAAUGUUGUUUUAAGGAUUCAAAUUUGUAAUAAGAUGUUUAAUAUUAUGGGCACUGUGUUGUGUUUGUAAUAUGCACUGUUUGGCUAGUUAUAAUUUAAUUGUUAAAUGCAUAAAUAUAUUUUGAAAAUUACAAAUAUGUAA